GUGAGAGUGUGGGAGAAAGAGUGCCAAAGAGAUGCAAAAUAAAGGGAGUAAAAUGUGUGAUGUAGCAGCUGAAUGUAUGUGAUGAUUGGUCAGUUUGGAAUUCCACUGAAGCCGUUUCCCACAGUUUCAAGAGAGCUGGACUUUGGUUAUGAACACACAGGAUGUAGAGGUUUAUUGGGAACACAGAAAUAGACCCAAAGGGAUUCUGCAUCUGCACUUCUUCACUGGGUUUGAUUUUGGAGGCUGAAAGCAGAUUUUAAUCCCGGUUUCUAAUACAAACAAGAUUUUGACAAGGAAUUUAUUUUAUUUUGAAAGAAGAGGGAGCUGUUCAAAGUGCAUAUGGCAUUUUUGUGAUUUGUUCAGUGAUUCUUAAUAAAGUUUUACUGAAGAUGUUGUUAAUCAAGAAUAGUAAUGCAUUUUUCAGUUUAUUUAAUGUCGAAAAUUGGACUAAAUGCUUUCAGGUUCAGUCUUAGACAUUUAGCUAAAUAAACUGAGCAAGGAACAAAGAAACAUUUCAUUUCAAAGAAUAUGUGAGGUUUUUUAAACCAACAAGAAGAGGUAAAGAUUGUUACAAACCUCAUUUAUUGCCAAUGAAUGGAAACAACAGUGAAAAUUCCCCAGUGCUCUGCACUGUCUCAAGACUUAAGUGAGAACAUAACAAAGGAUUGUAGAGGAUGGUAACUUGUCAGUGCGUUAUGCGCACUCUCAUCAUUUACAGCUGAAUUUUUGGCUUUGGUGUAUUCACAUGUCAUUAGUGAACUGCCUCAGUUGAAAGUAUGAAUCAAAGAAGACCUGUUCUGGAGGAUAAAAAUCAAUCAAAGCAUCACACAAUUGAAAGGAGGAACAGAAGUAAGGACAAUCUACUGAUUAACGAAGACUUUGGUGAGGACUGUUAUGGCAGUUAUGGUCACUUUCAUAGUGAGAGCCUGGCCCGACAGAUGCUGCCCAAGAGCAGGAGACAGGCUGUGCGAGGGGCGGCCUACAUGUUCAAUGCCCAUCCCAACAGCUUAACGCCUGUAGAGGAACGCUUCCUUGAUUCUGCCGAGUAUGGAAACAUACCUGUCGUGCGUAGAAUGCUUGAGGAGAUCCCUGAGUUUGAUGUCAACUGUGUGGACUAUAUGGGCCAGAAUGCACUGCAGUUGGCAGUGGCUAACGAACACUUAGAAGUAACAGAGCUGUUGUUAAAGAAAGAUAACCUAUCGCGGAUUGGCGACGCACUUUUGUUGGCCAUCAGCAAAGGCUACACCAGGAUUGUAGAAGCCAUUCUGGGCCACAAAGCUUUCGCUGACUCCAAGAGACUUACGGCGAGCCCAAGUCAGGCACCAAUGCACGAUGACUUCUUCGCCUAUGAUGAAGAUGGCACACGCUUUUCUCAUGACGUCACUCCAAUUAUUCUAGCAUCCCACUGCCAUGAAUACGAGAUUGUGCACAUUCUCCUGGGAAAGGGUGCUCGCAUUGAGCAGCCACAUGACUACUUUUGUACUUGUGACACCUGCAAUUACCAUCAAAAGUAUGAUUCUUUCAGCCACUCCCGGUCACGCAUCAAUGCUUACAGGGGAUUGGCCAGUCCAGCUUACCUGUCUCUGUCCAAUGAGGAUCCUGUGAUGGCGGCCUUGGAGCUCAGCAAUGAGCUUGCCUCUAUGGCUAAUAUUGAAAAGGAAUUUAAGAAUGAAUAUAGGAAACUUUCUAUGCAAUGCAAAGACUUUGUUGUGGGACUACUGGAUCUAUGCCGGAGCACAGAGGAAGUGGAAGCAAUUUUGAAUGGUGAAGAGGAUGAUACUUUAGAACUGCCCGGCCGGCCCAGUCUCAUUCGCUUAAAACUCGCAAUAAAAUAUGAACUGAAAAAGUUUGUGGCUCAUCCUAAUUGUCAACAACAGCUCUUAUCGAUAUGGUAUGAAAACCUGCCUGAACUCAGGCAGCAGACCACAGCUAUUAAGUUCCUGGUGGUUUUAGGUGUUGCCGUGGGACUGCCCUUCCUAGCAAUGGUGUAUUGGGUUGCACCAUGCAGCAAGAUGGGAAAGAUCAUGCGUGGCCCUUUCCUUAAAUUUGUGGCCCAUGCAGCCUCCUUCACUAUUUUCCUUGGCCUUUUGGUCAUGAAUGCUGCAGACCGCUUUGAUGGGACAAAGCUGCUUCCAAAUAUGACCAUUCAUGACUAUCCAACGCAGCUUUUCCGUAUGAAAACAACUCCCUUUACGUGGAUGGAAAUGCUCAUAAUUUCUUGGGUCGUAGGGAUGAUUUGGGCAGAAUGCAAGGAGAUCUGGUCCCAAGGCCCAAGAGAGUAUUUGCUUGAGCCUUGGAAUUUGCUCGACUUUGGAAUGUUGGCCAUUUUCGUUGCAUCCUUCAUCUCAAGGAUAAUGGCUUUCUGGCAUGCAAGUGCAGCUCAACGCUAUGUCAAUGAGCACUACACAGAUUUAACAAAUGUAACUUUGCCUGCUGUGGUGGGAUACUUCCAGUUGGCUCGGAUUGACUGGCUCCCCUCCGAUCCUCAGGUCAUUUCAGAGGGCUUGUAUGCCAUUGCAGUGGUUCUGAGCUUCUCUCGAAUUGCAUAUAUCCUACCAGCUAAUGAGAGCUUCGGACCACUGCAGAUAUCUUUGGGCCGAACCGUGAAAGACAUAUUUAAGUUUAUGGUUAUCUUCAUCCUGGUCUUUUUGGCCUUUAUGAUUGGAAUGUUCAACCUCUUCUCAUAUUACUUAGGUGCUAAACAGAAUGACGCCUUCACAACUGUAGAAGAAAGCUUCAAAACAUUGUUUUGGGCAAUAUUUGGCCUUUCCGAGGUCAGAUCAGUAGUCGUGAACAAUGGACACAAGUUUAUAGAGAACACUGGCUAUGUUCUCUAUGGCGUAUACAAUGUCACAGUGGUCAUCGUCCUACUUAACAUGCUCAUUGCCAUGAUCAACAAUUCCUUUCAGGAAAUUGAGGAUGAUGCAGAUGUGGAAUGGAAGUUUGCCCGUGCCAAGCUCUGGUUCACCUACUUCGAGGAGGGCAGGACUCUCCCUGUACCAUUUAACCUGGUGCCUAGUCCCAAAUUUGUUCUGAGUCUGGUGAUGGGGGCUAAGGGUCUCCUGCGGGAGCUCUUAAACAGACACAAAGCCAUUAUGAAGGGGUCUGAGCUCAGUGAGUUGGGAAAAAGCAAAUCCAGCAGUGCCAAGAAUCAUUCUUGCUCAAGCCGAUAUCAGAAAAUUAUGAAGCGUCUUGUCAAGCGCUACAUCAUCAAAGCUCAAAAUGACAAAGAAUGUGAUGAGGUCAAUGAGGGUGAACUGAAGGAGAUUAAGCAAGAUAUUUCAAGCCUUCGCUAUGAGCUGUUAGAGGAAAAGACACACAAUAUAGAGGAGCUGGCUGAACUAGUGAGGAAACUUGAAAACAAUCUCUCUCAGGACUGCUUAAUACUAAAGUCUCAUUAAGGAAAUCAGACAACAGAUUUUAUUUUAUUUUUUAACAGGAAAAUGUACUUUAACGAUGAAUCAACUAUUUAUCAAUCAAGAUAAUUUGCACAGGGAUUUUGGUUCCACAUGCUUCUUUACCUUGGCCUGGGUUAGUUGAAAGAAAGAAAAAAUUUGCUAUUGAACUUUUGGUGACUCCGAAGAAGUGAUAAUUUAUGUUUUCAUUUAGGCGAUACUUUUAAACUUUCUUUAUUUUUUGUUAAAAUGCUUUCUCUUAUCCUGGCUUAAUAUCCAGAGACAUCUAACUAUAAAUAAGCCAUUUGUAGGCUGACUCUGUGGCGCUAUCAAAGCAUUGCUCUGCUUGUUUGAGCAUUCUAACCAGCACGACAAGAUUGACUCAACCAAUGGCACAUAAUGGUGAACAAUGGUGUUCAGGGAAAACUGUUUGAAAACAAUUAAGAUUAUUUGUCCAAUUCCAUUUGGUGAAGCUAGUGGCAGAGAAUUUACACACUUCAGCUUUAACGUAACACUUCACAAAUGCUCUUUUGUAUGAUACAUAACACAACAAUUAAAAAGCAAUUUUGAUUUGCUGUCCUUAGGUAUAAGUUAACUCCUUUGAAAAAUGUGACUGUGCAGCAACAUUAAAAUUCGUUUUACUGUAGCAACUUGGCAACAAUGUUAAAUUUUGCCAAAUUUGGUUAAAUUUCACAGCAAGAUCAGUAAAAACCUAUAACAGUUUUAGUUACCAUUCAUGAUUUUUGAUUGAUUUAUAACUCUUGAUUAAUUCUAAAGCUAUACACUGGCCUGUUUGGUGGUUAGCAAUGUUGUCUCACAACAAAAAGGUCCUGGGUUCGAGUCCUGACUGAACUGGGACUUUCUGUGUAGAGUUUGCAUGUUCUACCCAUGUUCAUGUAGGUUUGCUCUGGUUUCCCCACAAGUCCAAAAACAUGCAGGUUAAGUGAAUUGGAGACUCUAAAAUUGCCCUGUAGGUGUGAGUGAGAGUCCCUCAGCCACUGGGGGUUGCAUCAGGAAGGGCAUCUGGUGUAAAACCUGUGCCAAGUCAAAAAUGCAGAUCACAGAUGGUCUCAGUCAUAAUGUAAUGAAUGUUCAUUGAUUUACACCUACAGUACUUCCAACACUCUCACAGCAGUCAUUCUUUUUUUUAUUACAACUACUUUUCAUUUAGCUGUUUAAUUAUGUUAAUAAAGAAAUAUAUUCUGUACUCUGCCACAUUUAUUUUUAAACGUGUUUGUGCAUGAUUACCGACAGCACUUUUGUGAUUGUCUGUGUAUAUUUUGGUGUUGGAUCUUCACCAUAUUUCUACCUGUGGAAAUAGUAAAUUGAUAUCUUAGUAAAUUGUGUAAGAGCACUGUUCUCUAGCUUAUAGACAUGCUAUAAUAACUGUGAAGUAUAUCAAGGGAAAGAUAGACUGACGCAGUAACAAUGAAAUAAUUUAUGUCGAAUUUCAUCAAGAGAGGAAAUGUAUGGUUGGUCAGCAGUUAUGAUACACGGUCUUCUGACAUUCACAGUCUCAUGCAAUUCAUAAACUCAAGUAGUUUGUUAUGAUGUUCACAGAACAAUCAGAAAAUGGAAAAGAAGAAUAUAGUGUGCUUCCAGAACCACAGCAGCUUUGUUUGGCUGUGCUGACUAAAUAGCACAUGCAAUUUAACCAGCACAUGACUUGAUCAAGCCUGUCUGAGCCUAAAAAAUACUUCCUUUAAUAUGUCCUUAAUCAAAGUUACAGUACAUGUUUACAGUACAAGCUAAAAACAUCUCUACCCAAGCACAUAAACUCAAAAACAGCGGCUGCUAAAUUCAUGUUUGAGGUACGACUAUGAAAUGAAAUGUUCUUAAUGCCAACCACAGUCCUUAUUUUACUCAUUAAUCAAAAACUGCUAAAAACUCAUGAAGAAUUCUUGAAGUCAUGGCUCGAAAAUGGCAAUUCUCUCCUGAA